CCAAAAGUGUGCUCAAAAUUUCCGCAACUAACAAACAAUGAAACAAUACAAAAAUUAACAAACAUGUCAUUCCAAGAUAUUUUAGGUUAGGCUAAUGUUUUUAUAUUACAACUUACAAGAAAACAAUUUAUAUAGUUGAGGAAAAUCUUCACAUUUAUUUAAUAACAAUGUCAGGAGGAAGCGUAAACAUCUGCAGUGUAACUACAGAAGUUAAACAGGCAUUAACAGAAUUCAGGUUUAGAAAAGCAAAUAAUACAGCUGCAUUAGUUCUUAAAGUUGAUAGAGAAAAACAGGAAAUAAUUAUAGAUGAAAAACUUGAUGACCUUUCUAUUGACCAACUUCAAGAUAUUUUACCUAGUCAUCAACCCGAUAUGUAGUACUAUCUUAUAGACAAGAACAUAGGGACGGAAGAAUAUCGUACCCAUUAUGCUUUAUAUUCUUUACUCCAAGAGAUAGUCAUGCAGAAUUGCAGAUGAUGUAUGCUGGUUCAAAGAUUGCAUUGCAAAAAGAAGCUGAACUUACUAGAAGCUUUGAAAUAAGAGAAUUGGAAGAUUUAACUGAAGAAUGGUUAUUGGAGAAGUUGGGGAAUUAAGGAAUAAGAGAAGACAAUAUAUAUCCAGACAUCAAUAGUUCCUUUAUAAAUUAUAUGCUUUGUUUAUGUACAAUUCUUUAUUUUUAUAAAUAUUUCCUGCGCGGUAACUUCCUAACAUUAAUUAUAAACUGGCGGUGAUGUACGGUAAUAAGGUUCAUCAACAUUUUUUAUAUUAUUGUAUUGAUAAAGUAUUAAAACAACAUUAGAAAUUGAAUUUGUUGUACAUAAAAAGCAGAAAAAUUGUGAAUUGAUAUCUGUAAACUUACAGAUAAAUUGAUAUAUUAAAUCAUAGUAACUGUCAUACACUUUGGGAGUUGACAAGGCAUAUUUUGAUUGUAAAGUAAUAAAAGUGGUGACAUCACCGAUAGUUUAUAAUAAACAAAAUAUUAAGUUAAAAAUAGUAACGUAUGUAACUGAUUAUGAACAAAAUUAGCAUAAGAUUCUUUUAUUAUAUAUUUGAAAGUUAUUAUUAAAAAUAUUGUAUUUAGUUUAUGCAAUCGGAAAGUAGUUAGUUGUAUUUUACUACUAAAUAUACAGAUCUUGAUCAAAAAGCAAUAAAAUGAUCUCAAAGAUGUUCUCAUAUAUACUGUUGGUAUGUUGCAAAAAUAUUUGGAACAUUUAAAAAAUAUAGACCAUGGAUUAAUUAUAAAUAAUGUAUGCAGUCCAGUGUACCAUAGUAAAAUUAUGGUAUAACCUCCAAUUUCCAUCAACACACAUCAAUUUUGAUAUUAAUCUUGAUUUACCUUUAAAAUCUACCCUAAUUUAAGUAUUUCUGAUGUACUAUAUAUAUUUUUGUAACAUAUAAACACUGUACGCAAUAUUUUGUUGGUCUGUUUGGUACAAUGUAUGUUUUUCUGUUGACACAAAAGUAAAAUUACAACUUUUAAUUUAUUUUUCCAUUUUAAACUGACGUAGAUAGUGUGAGAAUUGGCCUUUUAAGUUUCAAGGCGCCUAUAUACAUAUAGAACUCGAGAUGUGGGCUAUAGAAACAAUAAUAUGUAGAAUAGAUUUGAGAUAUAGGCAACUAAUACAUAAUAUAUAUGAAAAUGCAACUAUUAUAGAUGAAAAUACAUUUCCCAUGCCCAUUAAGAGAGGAAUUAAACCAGGCGACAUAAUAUCUCCAAAGCUUUUUAAUCUAUCCCUAGAAGGCGUCUUCAAAACUGCAAAUUGGUCAACAUAUGACGUCAAUGUUAAUG